UUUCUUACUAUUUUUCUCAUCCUUCACUACCAAAUAUCACAUUUCAAUCGAUCUUGAGUUGAGUACAAUGGAUUCCAAAUUCGCAUUCCUCAUCCUUGGCCUAUUGGCCAUGGUUCUUGUUAUUUCCUCACAAGUGUCAGCUAAGGACUUAACCGAGACUUCAACUAAUACCAAAGAUGAGGUUGUUGAAAAAUCAGAUGAAUUAAAUGAUGCCAAAUACUCUGGUGGAAGCUCAAGCUACAACCAUCAUAUCGGCGGCGGUUACAAUGGUGGUGGAGGAGGCUACAACCAUGGUGGCGGCGGCGGUUACAAUGGUGGCGAAGGAGGCUACAGCCAUGGUGAUGGUGGCGGUUACAAUGGUGGUGGAGGAGGCUACAACCAUGGUGGUGGUGGAGGAGGAUACAACCACGGUGGUGACGGAGGAGGUUACAAUGGUGGUGGUGGUUAUCAUGGUGGAGGUGGACAUGGUGGUAGUUCCGACAAUGGUAACUGAUCAUUAUAGCAUCAUGCAUGCACAUGUUAAGUGUAAUAAAUAAUAGAGUGAAGACCCAUUUUGGUCCCUCACAAAUAUUACACAAUAUUACACGAGUCAAAUUAGUCCUUCACAAUAAAAUAGACUCAAUUUAAUCCCUUAUAAAAUUUAACCGGAUCAUAUAAGUCCUUCUGUUAAUAUUUUUUUCAAACCGGUUUUUUCCUAGUUUUAAACCGUGACUGGAUUGUCACGUUGGAUUUUAUUUUAUUUUCAUUUUUUAAAUUUUUAUUUUUAAUUUCAUUUUUAAACAAUUAUAAAUUAAUAAUAUAAAAAAACCAAAAUUAUUUCUUAUAAAGAGUUGAACUCAGACCCAUGUGGUUAAUCUUAAACAAUUCUAAAUUUAAAAUAAAAAAUACAAAAUUUGUAUCAAUAUGGUCUCGAACCUAAGUCUCCUCAAAUUAAAUAACAGUCAAUUUAAUAAAAUAGAAAUUGAUUUGUCUAUUUGUAAAUGAUAGUCACUUUACUAACAAUAGAAAUUGAUUUGUCUACUUGUUAUUGAUAGUCACUUUACUAACCGUAGAAAUUGAUUUGUCUAGUUGUAAAUAAUAAUCACUUUAUUAACAAUAGAAAUUGAUUUAUCUAGUUGUAAAUCAUAGUCACUUUACUAAUAAUAGAAAUUGAUUUGUCUUGUUGUAAAUAAUAGUCACUUUACUAACAAUAGAAAUUGAUUUUUCUAGUUGUAAAUGAUAGUCACUUUAUUAACGAUAGAAAUUGAUUUGUCUAGUUGUAAAGUGAAAAUCAUUUAACUUGAAGGGACUUGGAUUUGAGAUCUCAUGGAUAAAAAUUUAUGUAUAAAAUUUGUUAAUAUUAGUAGAAAUCAUGAAAAUUACUUAUUUAAAAAUUACUUUAUAAGAAAUAAUUUUGACUUUUUUGAUAUUAUUCAUUGAUAACUGUUUAAAAUGAAAUUAAUAAAAAUUAAUUUAGUAUUUAAAAAAUACAAAAUAAAAAAAUCCAACGUGUCAGUCCUGUCACGGUUUAAAAGUAUGAAAAGAACCGGUUUAGAAGUAGGAAAAAACGAUUUGAGAAAAAUAUUAGCAGAAGGACUAAUAUGAUCCGGUUAAAUUUCGUAAGGGAUUAAGUUGGGUCAAUUUUUUUGUGAGGGACUAGUUUGACUCGUGUAAUAUUUGUGAGGGACCAAAAUGGGUCUUCACUCUAAAUAAUAUUGAGUGAUCAACAAAAGAGUAAAGAUAAAUCACUAUGUAUAUGUGAAGAUGAGUUUGAUUUCAAGUUAAAUCAUGUGUAAUAAAUCAAACAUCAUCCUUGUUAGUACUAGUAGUACUUUGCCUCCUUUUAAAUUUAUAUAUCCAUUAUGCUGACUUGUCUAAGUAAAUUCGUCCAUUAAUUUAAUUAAGAGAACAAGUAAAUGUUAACAUAAGGUGAGGCUAAGAGAAAAUCAUGUAAACAAACAUAAUCAAGAAAAUGAGCUUCACUCUUUAGAGU